AUGGAUACGAAGUACAGUCCAGUUGGGGACGUGGAGUGCCAGCAGCAACAGCAGCCUGCCAGGAGGACGCCGCAUAAGCUAUUGCUAGCAUGUUUUGGUAUCUGGGUCGCCGCUCACAUUCCGUGGAUGGCUUCGUGGUCUGCUGCGCAAAAUGUCUUGGAGGACCUCAACUUAUAUCAUACGUCCUUUGAAGCUCAAGCGAGUCGGAUUCUGGCACAGACUCCUCUAAUCGAUGGUCAUAUCGACCUCCCAAUAGUGCUACGCGCCAAGCACAACAAUCGCAUCCAAAACGAUGACUUCAAAAACCUCUUUGAGAAUGGUACGCUAACUGGCCAUGUCGACCUUCUGCGGCUUCGACAGGGUCAGUCUGGCGGCGCGUUCUGGAGCGUCUACAUGCCUUGCCCCCCCAACAACGAGGACUUUUCAGACGAGCAAUACACUCACACUGUUCAAACAACCUUCGAACAAAUAGACAUCAUGAACAGACUUCAGGCCGAAUACCGUCGCGAUUUCUCCGGUCCUAUCAACUCUGAUGGCGUGGACAAGGCCUUCAAGGCCGGCAAGCUCAUCUCUCCCCUAGGUGUUGAGGGUCUACACCAAAUAGGAAACAAGGCUUCCAAUGUGCGCCAGUUCUACCAGCUAGGAGCGCGGUAUAUUACCCUAACUCACAAUUGCCACAACAAAUAUGCAGAUGCUGCCGUUCUGGAGAAUCCAUCCCGGAAGGCUGAACCCCAUUGGGGUGGUGUUAGUCCUCAGGGCCGUGAGAUGAUCCGCGAGAUGAACAGAGUCGGAAUGAUUGUCGAUUUAGCACAUGUUAGUGAAGACACAAUGCGAGACGUGCUCUGUGGUAAUGAGGAGUGGCAAGGGUCUAUGGCACCCGUCAUCUUUUCUCACAGCUCUGCGUGGUCUAUCUGCCCCCACCCGCGAAAUGUCAAAGAUCACAUCCUUCAACUGGUCAAGAAACGCAAUUCAGUGGUCAUGGUGACUGGUCUCCCUGACUUCAUCUCUUGUGUGGACGCAGGCAAUGAGAAUGGAAUGCCCGACUUCUACCCUGCAAACUCAACAUUGCGUCAAAUCGCCAGACAUAUUGUCUACAUCGGUGAUUUAAUUGGUUACGAUCAUGUCGGCAUCGGCACUGAUUUCGACGGUUUUUUUGGUCCUGCAAAGGGCUUCGAGGACGUCACCAAGUAUCCUGCCUUGGUUGCAGAAAUGCUACGACUGGGAGUAUCGCGUAAGGACGCUGCCAAGGUCGUGGGUGGUAACGUUGUGCGGGUCUGGAAAGAGGUUGAUGCUAUCGCUAGAGAGUUGCAAAAGGCGCGUGAGCCAGUAUUGGAGGAUUAUGUUGAGGGAAUGUAA